ACAGGCUCGCGGUGGCUGUGGCGCUUUAUUGCCGCCGUGAGCUGCACUGCUUUUCUGCGAGAGAGCUAGAGAGAGAGGAAGAGAGCGGACAGCGCAGUACAGCACCAUGGAGGCCAACACGUACGACGUGAUAGUGAUUGGGGGCGGCAUUUCAGGUUUAAGUGCAGCUAAGUUGUUGGUGGAGAGUGGUUUAAACCCUGUGGUGUUGGAAGCCAGAGACCGUGUUGGUGGACGAACUUACACUGUUCAGAAUAAACAUGCCAAAUGGGUGGAUUUGGGCGGAGCAUACAUUGGGCCCACUCAAAAUCGAAUUCUACGUCUGGCCAAGGAGUAUGGGGUUCAGACUUAUAAAGUCAACGAAGAAGAGUCCCUGGUUCACUAUGUGAAGGGGAAGUCAUAUCCAUUCAAGGGGCCUUUCCCCCCAGUGUGGAACCCCUUAGCUCUGCUGGACUACAACAACCUCUGGAGGACUAUGGAUGCGAUGGGUAUGGAGAUCCCAAGAGAAGCUCCUUGGAAGGCCCCAAAUGCUGAAGAGUGGGAUAACAUGACCAUGAAAGAGCUCUUGGACAAGGUUUGCUGGACAAGCACUGCCCGCCGCUUUGCUACACUGUUUGUUAAUGUGAACGUGACCUCCGAACCUCAUGAGAUUUCCGCUCUCUGGUUUCUCUGGUAUGUCAAACAGUGCGGAGGCACCAUGAGGAUCUUCUCCACCACUAAUGGAGGCCAGGAGCGAAAAUUUUUAGGAGGGUCAAGUCAGAUCAGUGAGGGCAUGGCUAGAGAGCUGGGAAACAGAGUCAAGCUUCAGAGUGCUGUCUACAGCAUCGACCAGACUGGAGACAUGGUGGAAGUCAAGGCUGUCAGUGGGGAGACAUAUAAGGCAAAAUACGUUAUUCUUGCCAUACCACCAGGGUUGAACCUGAAGAUCCACUUUAAACCUGAACUUCCUCCACUGAGGAACCAACUUAUCCACAGAGUUCCCAUGGGCUCAGUUAUCAAGUGCAUGGUCUACUACAAGGAGAACUUCUGGAGGAAGAAGGGUUACUGUGGAACCCUGGUGAUCGAAGACGAAGAGUCGCCUAUUGGCCUGACUCUGGAUGACACAAAGCCUGAUGGAACGGUGCCAGCCAUUAUGGGUUUCAUCCUUGCACGCAAAAGCAGGAAGCUGGCUGGACUCACCAGGGAAGAAAGAAAGAAGAGGAUCUGUGAGAUCUAUGCACGUGUCCUAGGCACUGAGGAAGCUUUGCAUCCUGUGCACUAUGAGGAAAAGAACUGGUGUGAGGAGGAAUACUCUGGUGGCUGCUACACAGCCAGCGUCCCCCCUGGUGUCCUCACUCAGUAUGGCAAAGUCCUGAGGGAGCCUGUGGGCAGACUUUACUUUGCAGGCACUGAGACAGCUACAGAGUGGAGCGGCUAUAUGGAAGGGGCUGUGCAGGCUGGAGAAAGAGCAACCAGGGAGAUCUUGUGUGCAAUGGGGAGACUACAUUCAAGUCAAAUCUGGCAAACAGAGCCUGAGUCACUGGAUGUCCCUGCUGUGCCAUUUGUCACCACUUUCUGGGAGAGAAAUUUGCCGUCCGUUGGAGGACUCCUCAAGUUCGUGGGCGUGUCCUCAGUCCUGGCGAUUGCCACCACCGUAGGUGUAGUGGCCUGUAAAAAGGGACUCCUUCCCCGAUGCUAAAGCUCCCACUACAGUGUCUCACUGGCCUUGGUUAAGACUGACAGUCACCACACCAAGGCUAUGCUACUGACUAGACAUGAGCUCAUGUCAGUGAAAAACAGAUUUGAUUUUUAACACCCAAUCACACUUUUAUGUACGAAUUCCCAGGGUAAUGAAUAAAAUAUGUAAUCAUUACUGUUGAAAUGGACACACCAUAGUCAGAGGUGAGAACCAGUAGGAACAUCUGUCUGGUCACCAAUUAACAAGGCCACAGACAACAAUACAUUUCACCGUAUAGUCACUACAUAUAUCCUCACGUAUGACACGGCGUGUGUGGAAUGAACCAGUCGAUUUGAUUACCUCUGAUGAUUUUAGGUGCUGUUAUAAGGAACUCCUUAACUGAAAUAGCCUUUCAAUCUACAUGUGACAAAGCUACAGCAUUAUACUGAAGUUUUCUGUUUUGUUUUGUGAAAGCCUUUCACAAGAGACAUGACUAUGAGAAUCUAUCCUCUCUGACAACUUCUGUUUUGUGUGGCUUAAAUGGCUCUGACUGUCAGAGUGGCCCAUAGGCACUAAAGCUAAAGAAAGCCCAGAUAGUUGGUAUUAUUUCAUGCUGCUCUGCAUGAUUAUGGCAUUCGUUUCGAUGAUGAUUGAUUCUUAAUCAAGGUAUUUGAAUGUAUUCUUUUCUUAUUACAUAUUGUAUAUGAUUUUGAAAAUAAUUUAGACAGAUGUAUAAUUGAUAUAUACAGUGUUUUAUUUUUUUUUUAAUAAGGUGAUUUCCAUACACCUUUCACCAUAUUGCUCCAUACACAGUGAUUUUAUUUCUUCACCUUAUCUACAUACAGGAAUCCCCUUGCAGCAGAUUUUAGCAUUUUAACAGAUGAUUUAGCAUGGGAGCAUGUCAGAGUAUAGAAAUCUCUAUUAUGCCAGUAGAGAUUGAACAGUUUGAUUCUGAUAAUUAACUUAAGUUUUAAUAUUUCACUGCUGAAACAUGGUAUGCAAAACCAAAAGAAUUUGAAAUCUGUGUGACUUAAAAUAUGACUAAAUGGAAAUGGUUGUAAUACAUGCAUAAGAAAGACACAAGAAAUGGGACAAGAAAUGAAUAGAUGUAGUGUGUGUGUGUGUGUGUGUGUGUGUGUGAGCCUGGUGUUUGUGGAAUGUGUCAUUGUGUGUGUCAAGGUGUGUUGUGUUGUCUGUGGUGCCUUAACAAUUUAGUAGUGCUUGUUAUUUCUCAAGUGCCUCUGUGAUUGUGUGUGUGUGUGUGUGUGUGAUUUUUGAGUGUGAUGUGUGGUCUGUGUGUGUGUUUAUCAAACAGCUCCUGGGUCAGUCACUGGCUACUUUAGCAAGUAGAUACUUCAUAUGAUCUCUUCCUUAUUGUUUCAUUCCCUUAUUAAGUGUUUCUUUAUGCAACACAAGGAUGAUGUGGUGUCACCUUCUUUUAGACUAUUUCGAUUUUAAGCAACAAGUGAGAUUUUCCAGAUAAUGUCAUCAUCAUAUCUAGUGAGGCUACGCUAGUGUCUCGUGUUCCUGUGGUCAUGCUCAUGCUGAUUUUUGAAUAACACAAUAUCUCUCACCCCUAAAGUAGCCACCGGUGAACCAGCGAAGACUGACGUGAAGCCUAAGGCAAGCAAAGUGCUGACUAUACCAUUCUAUUUGAAAGUUCACAGAGAGUUAACAGAGAUUCUGAAGUUCAUAGCAUACAAUACUCUUUUUUUUUUUCUCGAAUCUGGUGGACUAUGAACUGUAAUGGUGCCGUGACUCUGUCAGUGAAGUCUUCAUGUCAUGCUGUGGUUGAUGUAACCUCUUUUCCUGGAGAGUCAUGUCUCUGUGUUCUAACAAGGCUUUGCUAAUCCAUGUACUCCUGUGCUCUGUGUUUGCUGCGGUUUGUCUCCUGUGAGGACCCUUUCCUUUGUCAAGCCAUGUGAGUGUGCACAGUGUCCAGUGUUCUAGUCUUGUAAUUGCAUUACUUGAUCUCUUUGUACAAAUCCAACAACACAACUGGUAAUAAAAAUGUGAAAUUUACCUCCA